AUGGAAGGCUUUAAAUUUAAUAGUUAUUUAACUUACACUUAUAAAAAGUCUCAAGAUUAAAUGAAAGAUAUACUAUAAAAAGAUGGAUAUCUGGAUUAUGAAAUUAUCCCAGAAAUUAAUUUAAUCAGAUACGAGAUUAAUAAUGAAAGAGUAAUUCGAUUAGAUAAUGUGCUUUUUCUAUUUGUAAUUAAAUUAAAGUAUUAUAUAGAAAACUUAUUAUUUAAAAAUCACAAUAGCAUAGUUGAUCUAACUAUGUUUAGUAAUUGUAAAAAAAUAUUAGAAUUUGUAAUAAAAUUCUAUAAAACAUAAUUAUUUAGACUUAAAUAGGAUCUUAUUAAAAUUGGAUGAAAAAUGCCCAAGCAUGUCAAUAUUGCCAUAAUUAUUAUAUUAUACUAUACAUUUUACAGGUUAUGAUUGUCCAUUCUAUGAAAAAUAAGAUAAUUAAAAUAAUUAAAUAGUUGAUGAAGAUGUCAUUCAAUCUAUAAUAUUAUAAAUUUUAGACUGCAUAGACAAUAAUCAAAUUAAAGAAUAGAAAAUGUUAAAUGAUAUUAAAAAAUUAAAGAAUUAAAUAAAAAUUUCCUUAGAUUCAUUCAUUUAAUCAGUUUAAACCAUUUUUAUUAAAUAUUCUAAUAGAGAUAAUAACAAUUAGAUUCUACAGAAAAUAGAUACAUAAUUUAGUGAUUCAAAUUUUAAAAGAAAAAAUCGUUAAAAAGAUGUCUAAAAAAAUUUAAGCAAUUUGUAGAAUAUGUAUUAUAAUAGUGAUAAAAAUUGGUUUUUGUAUGAAUAAUAUUUGUAUUAAACUAUACCAUUAAUUACACAUGAAUUUAGAAAAGCAUAUCAUUAUGAAGAAUAAAAAUUACAAUAAGAUAUUAAAAUAUUUGAUUUUAAGUAACUAAAUGAAUAUGAUGAAAAAUUAAUACUAGAACUAAUUAGUUAAAAUAUUGCUCAAAUUAGUGAAUCAUGCAAGUUUUUAUGGGAUAUUAAUAUUAUUUAAGAUGAUAUAAAAAUGAUAUUAUCUAAAGAGUUUUAAAAACUUUAAUAUUUAAAAAAUGAUAUUAAUUUCUACAAAAAGGAAAAAAACCUUAUAGACCAAUUAAAUUAGUUUAAGUGGAGUAUAUAAAAGAAAGUAACCUAUGAAGCAUUUCAAAUGUGGUUAUAUUUGAAGUAUUUUUAGUUGAUUGAAGAGCUUAUUUGA